AUAUAUCAUAGAUUAUUAUGAGUGAAACCCAUGAAACCAUUGUCUGGGUGAAACGAUUAUGAAGUUGCGUGAGUCUGAAGUACCACUAUCAAUUAAAAAAUAAUUGAGCUUGUUUUACUUGUAAUAAUUUGUUGAUAAAAAUAGGUUUUCACAUUCCAAUAUCCAAAAUUACCAUGUCUUCUCUAGAUGUCCAUAACGAUUUGAGCCUCUAUGUCACCCCCGAAAAAUUCUAUCUGGAACCAAGAAACAGUGAUGAACUUCUAAUUAUUGACAGACCUUCAGAACAAAUUAAUCUCCAGAAAAAUUCAGGUCAAAUUCCAGCAGCUAGUAGUCGCAGAGACUUUUGUGGCUUAUUAGGCACAAUACAUCUUCUGGGAGGGCCAUACUUAGUGAUAGUAUUGCAAAGAGAUCUAGUAGGUUACAUAGCUGGCCAUACAGUAUGGAGGUUAGUCAAAGCAGAGCUAGUGCCUUACUCUAGGUCAACAUUGCAUCUGAAUGCUGACCGAGAAAGAGACAAUAACCUUUAUGUAAGCAUGAUUGAACAAAUGUUGACUACUCCUUUCCAUUAUUUCUGCUAUGACUAUGACAUCACACAUUCCAUACAGCGCCUGCAUGAUAUAAGCCCUGAUUUCUGGCAGCAGUCUCUGUGUGAAAGGGCUGACCAAAGGUUUGUUUGGAACAAGCAUUUACUACAACCAUUCAAGAAUGAAGGUAUCAAGAGGUUUGGCUUGCCAAUACUGCAUGGUUUCAUCUCAAUCAACCAGUGUGUUAUAAAUGGUCACAGCUUGAGUUGGACAAUAAUCUCAAGGAGGAGUGUGUAUAGAGCAGGAACUAGACUAUUCAGAAGGGGCAUUGAUAGGGAUGGCAAUGUUGCAAACUUCGUGGAAUCUGAGCAAAUUGUGGAGUUCCAAGGAGACCGUGCCAGCUUUGUACAAAUAAGGGGCUCCAUACCCCUAUUCUGGCAUCAGAACCCUGACCUGAGAUACAAACCACCUCCUACACUCCUAGAUAUGGACCCUCAAGAACAACAAGCUGCUUGUUUAAAACACAUUGAAGAAGUGGCAACUCUCUAUGGAAAACAAGUACUUGUCAACUUGAUAGAUCAAAAAGGAGCUGAAGGCAAUAUGGAGAAAGCUUUUAGGAAUGCUAUGAAUACUUUGAAUUACCAAUCUGUGCGUUAUGAGCCUUUUGAUUUCCAUGCAGAGUGUAGAAAAAUGAGAUGGGAUAGGUUGUCAAUUCUCAUAGACAGACUUGCUUUGGAUCAAGAUGAGAUGGGGUAUUUCUUGCUUCUGAGAGAUGGAUCCCUCAGUUCUCUGCAAGAUGGUGUUUUCAGAACAAACUGUAUUGAUUGUUUGGAUAGAACCAAUGUUGUACAGAGUAUGCUGGCACACAGAAACCUAGAAACAGUAUUGAAAAAACUGAACAUUCUCCAGCCCAACCAAGGCUUAGAGCACCAAUAUUCAUUUGAAAUGCUGUUCAAGAAUGUAUGGGCUGAUAAUGCUGAUUACAUCAGCAUUCAGUACUCUGGCACUGGGGCCUUGAAAACUGACUUUACAAGGACAGGCAAAAGAUCAAAAGCUGGCUUGAUGAGAGAUGGAAUGAACUCACUCACAAGAUACUACAAGAACAACUUGACUGAUGGGUUUAGGCAAGAUUCCAUUGAUUUGUUCCUGGGCAAUGGUAAGAUAGUUUCACCACUAACUGUUGAGAAAGGCUGGCGUUACAUGACUUUCCCUUCUGUCUUACUCAUGGCUGUUGCCAUGUUUGUGGCUUCAGCUGUGUUUCCAUCUGAGUAUUCCACGGAGUCUCUGUUGUAUUUGUUGUUCUGGGGGUCUAUGGUCUUUGCAACAGGUCAUUACAUCCUCAAGUAUGGUGUGGAAUUUGUGGAUAAACCUAGGCUUGUUCAAUUUUAGUACCUACCUGUAUGGUAUAGUUCUAGUCCUAGUCACUUGGUAUCUGUUCUUUUGCUUUAGGUGUAUAUUUUUCUUUGUACAUAGAUUGGAGGAUUUUAUGUAUGGUAUAACAGGGUAGCUAGCUUCUUCCAGUGAAAUACUCCAACAAUACACUGAAUAUACCAAAAUAUAGGGUGUUGCUUGAACAUUAUAGGGAUCCCCUUCCAUGCGCUCCAAGAGAUGAAAAAAGACGGAACAAUUUUAUCAUCUCUUUGACUCUUUCUGAGUGGACCAGAGAUUCUUAUAUUCCUCUAUAUAUGUUGUAUUUCAAUUGAGCAGGCAUUGGAAAAAUUCCAGAUACGAUGAAAUCACCCUGUGUAAUAAAUUCAGGGGUCAUAUAACACCUUGUGUAAAAUGUCCAGCAUUGUUUCCGUUAUUCUUUCUUAAAUGUACGCCCUAGACGAUGAAAAAGUGUUUUAAUUUUCUACAUUUAAAUCAGGUUGUGCCUAUCUGAGAUAGAUUUCUGUAAUAAGAUAUUUUCUAAGAAAAAAAUUAUUUCAUUAUUCCAGCUGUGUCUACUAGCCCUUCAAUUUAUGAUACUUGCUACUGAAUGACCUUGUAUAAGUGAUAUUUUAGUGGAUGCAUGUUUAUUCCAGGAAUAUAUUUUUAUUGUUAUUGUUGAACAUAAAUUUCCUGGGCCAGUUUCUUGACUCACUGGGUAUGUAUGGCUUAUAUGUCCAUCAACUUUUUUUUUGCAUUUAUAUUCCAUUGAUUCAUGAGCUUUGUACUUUAUUUUAUUUAAAAUAAUUGAUUAUUGAAUAAAUUUAUUUGUGAAACUCUC